GGUCUUUAAUUUUAAGUGUAAAAACUAUUUUUUGUCAUUUUAUUUGUAAUUUACACCAAAAUGAGAACGUGUUUUGUGCCCUUUUGCGAUGGCAAAAAUAAAGAUCAACCCAAUAGAACAAUGUUUUUAGUGCCUAGGGAACCAGUACUGUUUGCACAAUGGGCCGAUAUUUUACCAAAAGUACGCACCUUAAGAUCUAUAGAUAGAAUAUGCCAUUUGCAUUUUAGACCUGAGGAUGUGGUCUAUACAUUUGAUCAUAUUAUUAAUGGUCAAAUAUACAAAAUACAAAGAGAUCGACCUAGAUUAAAGCCAGAUGCCCUGCCAUGUUUGGAAAUGACCACCAAAGAGGAAUUGCUCUCAUACAGAGUAAAGCAUCGACUUCCUAGUAACACUAAAGUAGCAAAAUUAAGUGAUAAAGCGAUAUCCGAUCAAAUAUAUGAGCUGAUUACAGAAGAUCAUCAAGCUGAAAAUGAACAACCAACGAUUCUUAAUGUCGAAAUUCAAAAGCAACAACCUCAAGUAGAUAAUUGUACCGCCAUUGUUGUUAAUUUCGAAGAUGUUAUCGAAAACGUUAAUAAUGACGAACAAACUAUAAAUGAUGAACCAGAUAAUCAAUUAAUUGAUCUGGUAGUGGAAGAACCUAACUAUGAAUGUGAUGAAGCUAAUGAAGAAAGUGCUUCACUUAAUGCUAAUAGUGAAAAUUUGGCAAUGGCGAAACUAAUGGAUUUAUUUAAUUUACUCUAUGACAAUGUGUAUGAUGUUCUAGCGCCUAAUACUCUGUGGGGUAUACAUCGUUGUCCAAAUCGUUCGCUUAUAUGUUUCUCUUACAUGGACGUCACGAAAUUCCAAUUUACAAAAAUGAUUAAUAUUAAUGUCGGUGGUUCGGUGCAGCUGUAUUUUUAUGGAUCUUUAAUAAGAACUCUGCAGUUAUGUGAGGAUAUUGACGAUUUGGAUAGUAUGGCAAUAGUGUUAAAUCAUGUUGAUAUGUGGCGUUUGUGUUUUGGAAAAUCAUCGAAUUCGGAAUGUGAAAUUGUGGUGGAACCAAACGAUGACAACUGUUGGAGCACUGAUGACAAUGAUCAGGUAUUUUUGUGUAAAAUAUGUUUGCAAAUGAAUUAAUAUGAUUUUUGCGAUGAAUAAAGUGGAAAUUUAAUUUUAAA